UAGGGUUUUUCUCUAUUUUUAUUUCUUAUGUAUAUAAUAUUUUCUCAUUUCCACUGUAUCUUUGUACUCCGAUUACUGAACUUUUCAUUAUAUAUAUUUUUAAGAAAUUUAUCAGUAUUUUUUUUAAUUGAUUUUGUGAAUAUUUUGAUACACAUGUAAUUAUUAUGUUCUAACGCUUUUAUUCAGGGGUUGUGGAGUCGAGAAUUGAGCUAGGGUUUAAGGAUCAUGUGAUUAUUGAAAAUUGACAGUUUAGUUUUAUUGUGCACUCUAAUCUCUCAUGGAUAUGAGUUUAUCUUGCUGGUGUCUUUUUAAUAAUUAUUUGGAUGAGUUACUCUUGAUUGAUGUUUUUCACUUCUCGUCCUCGUCUGCUGAUCUGGGAUUCAUAAGACAAUCUUGCUUCUUGAAGACAAAUGCGCCGUUGCUUUGCGGAUUCCGCAUAUCGUAACGUAUCUAUGACAUUUGUUGAUAGGUCCGUGGUUACGAUCGGCUGAGUUUUUUUUUUCUCUUGGAACUAGAAAACAAAGACAAUGGCAAAGAGGAAUAACUUGUUGGUAUUUUUGGAUGUGUCUAUUGAUGGUGAUCCUUUUGAGAAGAUGGUUUUUGAGCUUUUCUUCGAUGUUGCUCCUAAAACAGCAGAAAACUUUCGUGCCCUUUGUACAGGAGAAAAAGGAGUUGGUCCUCGAAGUGGAAGGCCACUACACUACAAAGGGUCUUUUUUUCAUCGGAUUGUAAAAGGUCAUCUGGUUGAGGGUGGUGAUUUUGUCAAAAGAGAUGGUACUGGCGGUGAAAGCAUCUAUGGGGUAAAGUUUCCGGAUGAGUCACCCAAACUAAAGCAUGAUGGACCUGGUCUCCUAUCAAUGCCUCUCGCUGAACGUGAUUCUCUAGGUUCCCAUUUUGUCAUUACUUUUGCUGCUACUCAUAAUCUUGACAGAAAGCAUAUAGUAUUUGGGAAGCUUGUUCAUGGACAUGAACUUUUAAAAAAGAUUGAAAGUGUGGGUGAUGACAAGGGGAUGCCAACUGUAACUGUGAAAAUCAUUAAUUGUGGAGAAUAUGACGAGGACAAAAAGAAGAGAAACAAGUUGAAAAUUAGAGAAGAUGUUGCUUUUGAUGCCAAUAGUCAUGAAGCAAGACGGAAAGGGAAACUUAAGAAAUCAUCAAGAGAUAAAAGGAGAAAGAGGAGGCGGCAUUAUUCAUCUGAUUCAGAGAGCUCCUCAGAUACUGAGUCAGAAUCAUCUGAGUCUGAUAGUGAUUCUGACUCAUCUUUAUCCUCAUCAUCUUUUAUUAGUUCGUCAAGUGAUGAUAGGUGUAAGCAAAAAAAGAAGUCUUCCAAAAGAGAGAAAAACAAACAUAGGGAUAAACGGCGUGACAAAACUCGGAGGAGGCGUGAUAAGAGAUCUAAGCACAGAUCAAGAAGGGCAUCAGAGAGUUCAACGGAGACUGAGAGUGAUAGUGAAACUACUUCUGAAGGUGAUGUCAAAGCGAAAAAUCACAAGCAUAAAAGGGAGUCUUCAACGAAAGCUGUUGGUGAGAAAUCUUCUUUGAAUGGUGAGAAGAAUAAUGCUUUAGUCUACAAAAGGAGGGAUGAAACCGACAUACUUGACAAUGAAGAUGAUAGAUCUCCCAAGGAUAAUGGAGAUCAUCAAAGGAAUGACAUUCAAGCUGAUUUUAAAUCUGACAGAAGUGGAGAGGGACAGCCUGACAUAGUCGAUGAUCAUCCUGGCAAAUCUAGGAGCCGCAGCUUAAGUCCCAAGAGGACCAUAAGUAAGAGUACGAGUAUUACUCCAAGGAGUUUGCACAAGAGCCCAAGUGUGAGUCCAAAGAGGCAUGUGAGCAGGAGUUCAAGUGUUUAUAGAAGCCCUCCUCCAAGAAGCAGGAGUCUCACUAGAAGUCCAGUUAGAAGUGACAGCAGUAGAAGUCCAGUCAGUGGUGUCAGCAGAAGUCCACAGAGGGGCUGGAGGGGUAGAAGUAUCAGUGAGAGCCCAGCGAGAACACGAAUUCAGAAAAGGAUUAGCAGGAGUGGUGAAAGAUCCUUACCUAGAAGAAGUCCCAGCAUGAGUCCUAGAAGAAGCCCCAGCAGGAGCCUGAGAAAAUCAUUGCCUAAAUCAAUUACUAGGAGUCCUCUUGUAGCUUCAAGAAGUAGAAGCAGAAGUCCAUUCAGAUCUUCUCGAAGAAGUGGGAGCAGGAACACUCGUCGGAACAGCAGAAGUCCAAUAAGGGCUCCUAACAGGAACACUCGUCGGAGCUAUUCUAGAAGUCCUAGUCCAGUACACCGGGCUAGGUCACCUCCAAGCGAUCGAUUGAAAAGUUUAUCUAGAAGUGUUUCCCCAGAUGGCUCACCCAAGCGCAUCAGAAGGGGGCGGGGGUUUAGUGAGCGCUACUCUUAUGCACGUAGAUACAGAACACCCUCUCCUUCUCCUGUUAGGUCUUACCGCUAUGGUGGCCGAACUGAACGUGACAGAUUCUCAAGUUACAGGCGGUACUCUCCAAGGCGUUACAGGAGCCCACCAAGAGGACGAACACCUGUGAGGAGCAGAAGAAGCAGGACUCGCUCUGUAUCCUGUAGCCCUCCUCGCUACCGCAGCCGCCGUUAUAGCCGCGGCCCCAUCCGCAGCCCGAUUCGAAGCCGUAGCUGCAGCCAGAGUCCCAUUCAUAGCUGUAGUCGGUCACCAGUACAUUGUUCCAAAUCUCAUGCUUCUCCACGGAAUAGGAACAGAAGCCCUUCACGAUCGAUGUCCUCGUUGGGUUCCCCAUCUCCUCCUAGGCAGACUAGGAAAAGCAGGUCUAGAUCGUCCUCAUCUGGGAGUCUAGACUGGAGGAAGAAUCAUCUUGUUUCUUAUGGAGACCCAUCUCCAGACCCCUAGUCCUCCAAGGUGACUAUUACUGCAGUUACGAGUGUUGGUCUCGUUGAUAUUUCGUUGUCUUCUAACGACCGUAGUGCAUUGAGUUCAGAUAGGUUAUGCUUUUUAAGUGUUUGCGGUGAGAACUGAAUUAACUUCUUUCUCUAGAGAGCAAUUGAUGGUUGUCUAUCAACUGCACGUUAAACUGUGUAUUAAUAAUUGGGUUGCUUUUAAGUUGAAUUUUAUGCUGAUAAUAUGCUCUCUAAAACAUACAUAUUUGUAUGAUUUUUAUGUUGAAAUUGUUGUAAGCUAUCUUCAUUGUUGUUGAACUCGAAAGAGGGUGUUUUAAUAUUUAUACUCGCAGGUGUACGAAUCGU